AUGGGUUCGCUUCGGGAUCAAGGGCUGAUCAAUUCGAAUCCGGGCUUCACAGGCGUUUCGAUACACCGCCUUGUUCAAAGUGCAUUCCUUAACGAUCUGACUGACGAGACAGCCCAAAGGUUCUUUGACCUCGCGGUAACCUUAGUUCACCAUGCUUUCCCGAAACAAGUGGAAGGUCGCCCGCUCCAUCUCUACUGGGACAAGUGUCACAUCUUCAUUCAGCAUGGCGUCUGGCUCGCCAACGUGUAUGCAGAUUCUCUAACGUCAAAUAGGAAGCUGCAUCCCUCUCAAAAGUUUUCAGAACUACUCUCCAACUGUAUUUGGUAUUUAGUCGAAACCGGACAACAUUCCGAGGUCCAGCGCAUUAGUGAGAUUGUUUUAAAGGCCAUCGACCCGACCACAUAUCUCUACGCGCAUCUUCACAAUUCGCUCCUCGCUACGGCAUGGCUCAAAAAUGAUUUGAGAAAUGCCUUUGCUCAUUCCGAUGUGGUUUUGUCUGCUAUGAAGCCUCACAGGGAGGAGACUUCUGAGGAAUAUGUUGGAAUCCUCUCCAACCAAGCAAAUUUACUAGCCUCGAACAGAGACGACGAGAAAGCUCUCCAGCUUCUUCUUCAGGUGGAAGAUACUCGUAGGCAAUUCCAUCUCCCCGAAAAUAUUGCUCUCGCUUUCGUAAAUCUUGCUAUUGGCCGUCUACGUUGCCGAAUGGGAGAUCUCAAAGAUGCCGAAGUGAGGUUUUACAACGCUCGAGAGAUUGUUCGUAGAGAACAUGGCGAAAACGGCCAGUAUAUGCAACAUCUGCUGACACCCCCUCCUUCAAAAACAAAAGGCGGCAACUCGAGGAUGCGCAACGUCAAGCUGUACAGCAGGGUUCAGGAGGAGAAGAAGCAAGAGUGUUGCGAAAACUAG